CUUCGGGGAGCCGUUCCUCCCGGGGCGUCGCUCGAACUCACACGUCCCAUCCUGUUGCGACCCGGCCGAGCCGGAGGUCACCCGUUGAGGACGUGGGAGACAGGCAGGGCCAUUCGACUGAGGUCUUUUGAAGAGUGGGGCCUGACGCAGUGGCUGCCAUGGAGCAAUGUGCGAGUGUGGAGAGAGAGGUGGACAAGGUCCUGCAGAAGUUCCUGACCUAUGGGCAGCACUGUGAGCAGAGCCUGGAGGAGCUGCUGCACUACGUGGGCCAGCUGCGGGCUGAGCUGGCCAAUGCAGCCCUCCAGGGGACCCCUCUCUCAGCCACCCUCUCCCUGGUGAUGUCUCAGUGCUGCCGGAAGAUAAAAGACACCGUGCAGAAACUGGCGUCAGACCACAAGGACAUUCACAGCAGUGUCUCCCGAGUGGGCAAAGCCAUUGACAGGAACUUUGACUCUGAGAUUUGCGGUGUAGUCUCCGACGCAGUGUGGGACUCCCGGGAGAAGCAGCAGCAGACCCUGCAGAUGGCCAUCUUGGAGCACCUGUACCAGCAGGGCAUGCUCAGUGUUGCUGAGGAGCUGUGCCAGGAAUCAACCCUGAAUGUGGACUUGGAUUUCAAGCAGCCUUUCCUGGAGUUGAAUCGAAUCCUGGAAGCUCUACAUGAACAAGAUCUGGGGCCAGCAUUGGAAUGGGCUAUCUCCCACAGGCAGCCCCUGCUUGAGCUCAACAGCUCCCUCGAGUUCAAGCUGCACCGACUGUACUUCAUCCGCCUCCUGGCAGGUGGCCCUGAGAAGCAGCUGGAGGCCCUCAGCUACGCCCGGCACUUCCAGCCCUUUGCUCGGCUGCACCAGCGGGAGAUCCAGGUGAUGAUGGGCAGCCUGGUGUACCUGCGGCUGGGCUUGGAGAAGUCACCUUACUGCCACCUCCUGGACAACAGCCACUGGGCCGAGAUCUGUGAGACCUUUACGCGUGAUGCUUGUUCCCUGUUGGGCCUUUCUGUGGAGUCACCCCUCAGUGUCAGCUUCGCCUCUGGCUGUGUGGCUCUGCCCGUGCUGAUGAACAUCAAAGCUGUGAUCGAGCAGAGGCAGUGCACUGGGGUCUGGAGUCACAAGGACGAGUUACCGAUUGAGAUCGAACUAGGCAUGAAGUGCUGGUACCACUCAGUGUUCGCGUGCCCCAUCCUCCGCCAGCAGACGUCGGAUUCCAACCCUCCCAUCAAGCUUAUUUGUGGCCACGUCAUCUCCCGAGAUGCACUCAACAAGCUCAUUAAUGGAGGAAAGCUGAAGUGUCCCUACUGUCCCAUGGAGCAGAACCCAGCAGAUGGGAAACGCAUCAUAUUCUGAUUCCUGCCUGGGAGGAACUUUGCUGAAAGAGGAUUUUCACCCGUGAGCCUUGGUCUAUCUCAGUGUGGGUGGCUGGCUUCUGUGGACUGUGUUCAUUUCAGAGCAGCUGGCUGAGGAGUGCCACCACAGGCAGGAGCUGGAGCAGCCCUCUGGCAGAGGCCAAGGAAGGAGGUGAAACAGCCGACUCUGGGCAGCUGCCUCCUUGGCUCUAAGGGCAGGGGGACGCUGGCCUCUGUACUCCUGCUCUGUCUUCCCCUUUUUGUAUUUGCUGUUGACUUAGUAGCAACUGACAGAAGCAAAGGACUUGGUGGGCACAGCAGACGUCUUCCAUCCCUGCCCUCAGCCAGGUCUCUUCCUGCCACACCGAGGCUUGUAAAGGCCACUCCUGCCACUGUACAGCCUCACAACUGUUUGCAUCAGUUUCCCACUGUAAACAAUCCGGAGUAGACCUGAAUGCCACUGUUUUAUAACUUUGAGCAACUAUAUUCACAGGCCUUCUCCUUA